CUGGUCGACGAGUUCCCAUCCUCUCCUGUAGACGGCGAUGUUGUGCUUGGUUUCGCUCGUUCCCUCUGAGGGAGAGAGUAACACGAAGAACAUUCAUGUUGUUGUCAACAUGAGUGCAGACAACUCGUGUACAGAUGUUUUAGUGCCCCUACGAAACCUUUGUAACGCGAUUAGGUGUAUACGAGACCGAGUAAAAGAUGGAGAAUCUAGCGACUGCAGUGGGGAAUUUAACAUGGCUACAUUCUGGAACACUUUGCUUCAAGCAGUGAAGGCCACGUCCCAGGAAGCCACUAAACUCAGCCUGGCGUUCUCUAAACCACCCCUACCUUCAUCACAGGAUGCAGAGAGGCUGGCUGACUCCAUCCAGAAUGCUGUGCUGACACUGUCUACAGUCUACUACUGGCUACCCAAGACCCAGGGUAUGAUUCUGAGACGAGCAGUGAGGGAUGCCACAGCAGAUGUGCUUGAUGGCAUGGCCCAGUUACUGGACAUCAUAGUUAGCUCCCCAGUACAGAGCCUGUCACAGGAGCAGCUGGUGUCUACAGGAGGAGUCUGGGCAUCAUGUGACUACUUUGAGCAAUUGCCAAGAGAUAACCGUGAGGCCGUGCUGGGUGUGCUGAGGUCGUAUCAGGGGGUGGUGAAGGACGCUAUCGAGGAGAUGGAGCAGGCUCAGACUGAAAACCAGGACCCUUUCAGCGACCUCCUGGACGACGACGACCUGGAUGCGCGCGGCAACCGCGACACGUACUGGAGCGAGGCAGACCGUACACUGAUGGCCCCUUGCCAGGGCCUGAUGAAGGCGUCCGUGGCAUGCCUGAAGAAACUGGGCACGACUGUCAAGAACAACGGGAAAGUGGACACCGCCGACAACGUGGCACAGCUGGACGACCUGGCGGACAUUACACAUGACAUCAGCCCCAGUGUGGAUGACCUGGCCCUCUCCCUGUACCCCCCCAUGGAUCAUGCUGCAGUAGAGCUCAAUGCUUCCAAACUGGCAACUGUUUUAAAGAAAGUCUUAGAAAUUAUCAAGGCAACACACGUGUGCGCGGAGGCUGAUCUGACCUGGGUCCAGUUUCUAGAGGGCGCCGUUGAGCACAACCUACAGAAAGCCAAAGGAGCAGCUGAAGGCACAAAUUGAGCUGUGUGUGUGUGUGCGUGUGUGUGUGCGUGUGUGGGUGUGAUGAUAAUGUUUACUUGUGUGUGUAUGUGUGCUGUACCAGAGCUCAGAUGGACUGAUACGAAUGCUGUGAGUGAGUAAGUGAUGGUGUGAGUGAGGUUUUGUGUGGGUGUGUGUCAGUCAGAGGUACAGUAGAAUGUCUUGGCGCAGAAAGGUUGUAUGUGUGUGUGUGUGUUGGGAUUGGAUGGGCUGCAGAUAAA